GCAGGAGGGUUCAUCUGGGGAGGCCUGGGCCUCCAGUGGUCAGCUGGGUUGGGAUGGCCUAUGGCCAAUGAGGGUCUGGGGCAGUUAGGGCUGGUGCAUUUGGGAUGCAGCUCUCGGCUCUGUGGCCAGUUUUGAGUUUCCCGCGACCAGAGACCAAGGGUGGGGUGAAGGGGAGGGGGGGGGCUUGGUGACGCCCAGGCAGGACUGGGCAAGUCUUCAAGCUGCAGUUUAGCUACUAAGAGCCGCCCCCAGUUUCUCAGUCUCCCUCCCAGUCUGGCCAGUGAAGUCUGUGGCCUGUAAAGUCCCGCACCCCGUGUCAGCAGUGUCAGCACGUUAGUCAGCCUCUUCAGCUAGGGUGAGCCACUGUGCCGCCAAAGUCUCUCUAUAAACUCUCUGGUGUGGCCCAGUGCCACAGAGUGGGACCUGUGGGGCCUAGAGGCAGAGCCAGGGCCCUGGGCUCUGCUGCCGGGGAUGCGGAGAUCAGCCAAGGGGCAGCCACUUGGAAGAGCAGGAGCAGAGGGCUGAACCUGGCUGAGAGCAAACAAUCUACUGUUGCCUCUGGGAUGCCCUCUGAGCUCCCCAUCCAGGCCAGUUGAUGAGCCAGGCCCCUGGGGAGCAGACAUCUGGUGAAAGAGGCACUGGAUUCAGGGCCAUGUCUGGGAAACGAGGGCGAGGGCGGGCUCGAAAGCCUCGAGGCAAGAGGAUGGGCAGGGCCCAGCGGGCAGCUGGGCAGCAGGGCCCUGAGGCUGAGCCCCCGCCCCCCAACACAGGGGGCCCUCAGGACCAGGUGGGGGUGGCCCUGACAGAGCACGUGACGAGCACUCAGCUGGCUUCUCAGGGACACUCCAGGGCCACCAGGCCAGAGCAGCUACAGGCAGACUGGAGGCCAGUUCAGGCCACUGCUUUGGCAUCCGAGCUGGUGCUGGCCCCUGAGCACAUGGAGGGCUGUGGAGCCGGGGCCCCCAUACCAGCCCUGGGGCCUGAACUGCUGAGACUCCACGAAGUCCAGCUGUGCCUAGCCCAGGAGCAGCUGCUGCUGGAGGACCGGAGGCGGCAGGUCCAGCUGCAGAUGCAGCUGUGGCAGGAGGAGCAGCUGUGGCUGCAGCAGCUGCAGGAGGAGCAGCUAUGGCUGCAGCAGCUGCAGGAGGAGCAGGCCUGGGUGCACAUGGAGGGGCUGCAGCUGGCUGUGGCCCUGGAGCAGCUCCGGAGUGAGGGUCUCGAGGCACUGCAAACCCAAGGCCAGGCCCCUGGCGCCAACAUGGCCCGUCGCUCCCAAAGCAGCUCUCAGGGGGACAACCCAUUGGCACCUGGCUACCUGCCACCUCACUACAAAGAAUAUUACCGCCUAGCGGUAGAUGCAUUGACUGAGGGGGGGCCAGAAGCCUACAACCGCUUCUUGGCAUCCGAGGGGGCACCUGACUUCCUGUGCCCCGAGGAGCUGGAACACGUGAGCCGCCACCUGCAGCCCCCACAAUAUGUGGCCCGCGAACCCCCUGAAGGCAGCCCUCCUGAUGUGGACAUGGGUGGUUCCUCAGGCACCUACUGGCCAGUGAACUCAGACCAGGCUGUGCCCGAGCUGGACCUGGGCUGGCCCCUGACAUUUGGCUUCCAAGGCACAGAGGUCACCACACUGGUACAGCCGCCGCCACCUGACAGCCCCAGCAUCAAAGAUGAAGCUCGGAGGAUGAUCCGCUCUGCCCAGCAGGUGGUAGCUGUGGUGAUGGACAUGUUCACUGACGUGGAUCUGCUCAGUGAAGUCCUGGAGGCCGCUGCGAGGCGAGUUCCGGUCUACAUUCUGCUAGAUGAAAUGAACGCCCAGCACUUCCUAGACAUGGCGGACAAGUGUCGCGUCAACCUGCACCAUGUGGAUUUCCUGCGUGUGCGCACAGUGGCAGGUCCUACUUACUACUGCCGCACUGGGAAGUCUUUCAAGGGCCAUCUGAAAGAGAAGUUCUUGCUUGUGGACUGUGCUGUAGUGAUGAGCGGCAGUUAUAGCUUCAUGUGGUCCUUCGAGAAAAUCCACCGCAGCCUGGCUCAUGUGUUCCAGGGAGAGUUGGUCUCCAGUUUUGACGAAGAGUUCCGCAUUCUCUUCGCGCAGUCGGAGCCACUGGUGCCCUCAGCUGGAGCGCUAGCCCGCAUGGAUGCCUAUGCGCUUGCUCCAUAUUCUGGGGCUGGGCCCCUGGUGGGCGUCCCCGGGGUUGGAGCACCAACCCCUUUUUCUUUCCCUAAACGGGCGCACCUCCUGUUCCCACCGCCCAGGGAAGAAGGCCUGGGUUUUCCCUCUUUCCUAGACCCUGACCGCCACUUCCUAUCGGCUUUCCGCCGAGAGGAGCUGCAGCGAAUGCCUGGCGGUGCAUUGGAGCCUCACACGGGGCUCCGGCCACUGGCGCGUCCAGGUGAGGCUGGGCCGCUCGGAGAGCUGGCGGGCCCCCGGGGCUUCUUCCAGUCACGGCACCUGGAAAUGGAUGCCUUCAAGCGGCACAGCUACACAGCAGCCGAUGGAGCUGGAGCCGUGGAGAACUUUGCAGCUGCACGGCAGGUGUCACGACAAACAUUCCUCAGUCAUGGUGAUGACUUCCGUUUCCAGACCAGCCACUUCCAACGGGACCAGCUCUACCAGCAGCAUUACCAAUGGGACCCACAGUUUGCUCCUGCACGCCCACAGGGCCUCUUUGAGAAGCUUCGUGCAGGCCGACCUGGCUUUGCGGACCCUGACGACUUUGCACUAGGUGCGGGUCACCGCUUCCCAGAACUCGGUGCUGAUGUGCACCAACGGCUGGAAUACGUGCCAUCCAGCGCAUCUCGGGAGGUACGCCACGGCUCGGAUCCCGCCUUUGGACCCAGCCCCCGUGGUCUGGAGCCCAGUGGGGCCUCGCGUCCCAAUCUGGGCCAGCGUUUUCCAUGCCAAGCGACCUUGAGGCAAGGCCUGGACACCGCUCCGGAGGCAGAGCCUGAGCGCAGGGGUGGACCCGAGGGCCGGGCUGGACUGCGUCACUGGCGCCUUGCCUCCUACCUGAGCGGCUGCCACGGUGAUGGUGGGGAGGAGGGUCUACCCAUGGAGGCCGAGGCCUGUGAAGAUGAGGUGCUGGCUCCUGGAGGCCGGGACCUGCUCCCCUCCUCCUUCCGUACUCCUGCAGCCUUCCCAGCUAAAGGACCAAAGCCGGGCUCAGGAAGCGGUGGUGGUGACAGCUCCGAGCGAGAGGGCCCAGAAGAGACAACCCUGGCUAAGCAGGACUCCUUCCGCUCGCGCUUGAACCCGCUCAUCCAGCGCAGCUCCAGGUUACGCUCCUCACUCAUCUUCGCGUCACAAGCAGAGGGUGCUGUUGGGACCACAGCAGCCACCACUGAAAAAGUACAGCUGAUGCACAAAGAGCAAACAGUCAGUGAAACUCUGGGCCCCAGCGGAGAGGCUGUUCGUUCCAGCGCCUCAGCUAAAGUGGCGGAGCUACUGGAGAAAUACAAAGGCCCUGCCCGGGACCCUGGCGGUGCAGGGGGUGCCAUCACUUCCUCCAGCCACAGCAAGGCUGUAGUGUCCCAGGCCUGGCGGGAGGAGGUGGUAGGACCAGGAGGAGCGGGAACUGAGCGCCGCAGCCUUGAGAGUUGCUUGCUUGACCUGCGAGAUUCAUUUGCCCAGCAGUUGCACCAGGAGGCAGAGCGUCACCCAGGAGCCGCUUCACUGACUGCUGCGCAACUGCUCGACACGCUGGGCGGCACAGACCGUCUGCCUUCACGUUUCCUCCCCGCCCAGGGCCGCUCUUUGUCUCCACAAGGUCGAGAUAGCCCUCCGCCAGAAGGGCUUGGGACACACCAGUUGCCUUAUUCUGAGCCAAAAGGGACCCCCACCCCAGCCUACCCUGACCGCAAGGGGAGCCCCACCCCAGCCUACCCUGACCGCAAGGGGAGCCCCACCCCAGCCUACCCUGACCGCAAGGGGAGCCCCACGUCUGGAUUUCCCAAUCGGAGGGGCAGUCCAACCACAGGAUUGAUGGAGCAGAAAGGGAGUCCCACCUCGACCUACCCAGACCGUAGGGGCAGCCCGGUGCCUCCAGUGCCUGAGCGCAGGGGUAGUCCAGUACCUCCUGUGCCUGAGCGCAGAGGCAGUCUCACCUUCGGUGGGGAGUCUUCGAAGACCGGGCCUACAGAGGAGGUGUCUAGCGGCCCCAUGGAAGUCCUGCGAAAGGGUUCUCUCCGCCUCAGGCAGCUGCUGAGCCCCAAGAGCGAGCGGCGUGGGGAGGAUGAGGGCAGCUUCCCAGCUCCGCAGGAAAAUGGGCAGCCUGAGAGCCCCCGGCGACCCUCGCUGAGUCGGGGUGACAGCACCGAGGCUGCUGCAGAGGAGAGAGGCUCGAGGGUCCGCCUCGCUUCAGCUACCGCCAACGCUCUGUACAGCAGCAACCUGCGAGAUGACACGAAGGCCAUCCUGGAGCAAAUCAGUGCCCACGGCCAGAAGCACCGCGCAGUCCCUGCUCCAGGUGCGUCCCAUAGCAGCCCUGACGUUGGUCGCCCAACAACUGCAGGAGACUUGGCCCCAGACAUGUCUGACAAGGACAAGUGUUCAGCCAUCUUCCGCUCAGACAGCCUAGGGACACAAGGCCGGCUCAGCCGCACCCUGCCAGCCAGUGCAGAGGAGCGCGACCGGCUCCUUCGCCGCAUGGAGAGCAUGCGCAAAGAGAAGCGAGUCUACAGUCGCUUUGAGGUCUUCUGCAAAAAAGAAGAAGCUGGCAGUAGUGGGGCAGGAGACAACUUGGCAGAUGAGGACACCAGGGACAGUAAAAUGGGCAAAUUUGUUCCCAAGAUCCUGGGCACAUUCAAAAGCAAAAAAUGAUCUCCUGGUCUUAGAUGCCAGGACUGUGCCAUCACUGCCAUACUGAACCAACUGUACCCAUCUGGAGUGGGGGCUGCCAGAGUGGAGGAGUCAAAGCAGUUUGGGACCUGGCUGACAACCACCUGAACUGAGCUCCACUUGAAUUCUCCUGGCUGCAGCCCUGCCUCUCGCUCUUGGCUUUUUCCACGAGGGGCUCAGCCCCUCACCUGGUGUACUUCCUAAUCACCUCUCCCCACCUCAGCCUCCGCCAUCUCCUGGGCUCAGGUCUACUUUGGGUCUUAUUUCAUCUCAGGGAUCCAUCUCUCUGCCUUAUGCUCCCUUUGUUUCAAGAACUCUAUCGCUUCGUACCUCAGUUCCUUCUUAAGGCCUUUUAUCUCAGGGCUUUUUCUCAGGGUUUGCAUUUCACAGCUCCUGGUCCUCUCCCUCUGGUGACAGCCUCCUCCCAUCCUCUCAUCUCCAUCUUUCUCUGGAAUACACCUUGCCUGCUCCCACUCUGUCUCCUCACUGCCUCCUAGCACUUUCUUGGCAUCUGACCUCUUGCUGUGCAUAUGGCAGAGUUGGCCUCAGGCAGUUUAAGGGAAGAGAGGGAUGCUUGAUAGGACAGACUGUUGGAAAGUAGUUGCCAAACACCCAGGGGGUCCCGCCUCAGACCAUGUCUGCCCUCUCCAGCAAGUUUCUGGGUAGCACUUGAAGAGGAGCCAAAACUGGGGAGCAUUGGACUUUGCAGUACAAUAAAGGAAUCUGGACAGAC